AUGGCCAGGCGGUGGUUCUUUGGGUGGCAGGCGGUGGUAGCAUUCUUUCUGUACAUGAUAUUUCUCACAACUCAAGUUACCUCGCAGCCACAAACCAACCUUUUACUUAGAUCAUGCAGCUUACAGAACACAAGGAGUUCCUUCAGGAGUCUUAACGAGACCUUUAGGGAGGUCCGAAGACUUUUAUCCAACAACAACACGUACUUUGCCACCUCUGAGAAGACCCGAAGCUCUGAACCUGUCUACAUGAUGGCACAAUGUAGGCUUUAUAUGUCAACAGUUGACUGCCUCGCUUGUUAUGACGUGGCUACUUCAAAUACACGCGCUUGUGGAGCUGCUUCAGGUGCCCGAGCGGUUCUUGAUGGCUGCUUCCUCAGGUAUGAUCCCACUCGUUUCUAUGAAGAUGCAACACAACCAGGAAAUGUUGCCUAUUGUGGAAACCACACUGCAACUAAGCCAACACGUUUCCAAACCACAGUGAAUGGACUAUUAUCGAAUCUUACAAUUGCCACGCAUAAAAUCAAUGAUUUGUUUGUAGCAUCGUCAAGUAAUAUCCAUGGUAGCAAUAGAAGUGUCUAUGCUAUAGCACAAUGUGCACCAACAGUGGCACAAAACGGUUGCAAGGUUUGCUUAAAGGUGGCGUAUUUCAAUAUAAUGAGUUGCUUACCUUUUGUUGAUGGAAGGGCACUUGAUACAGGGUGUUUUAUGAGAUACUCAAACAAACCGUUUUUCAGGAAAAAUGAAACAACUAACAUUGAAUCGUAUUUAGUAGAAGAUUCGAGCAAGAAGAGAGCUAUUAUUGGGGGAGUUGUUGGCAGCCUAGGCUUACUGAGUAUGAUUCUUUUGGCUAUACUUUUGUGGUGUUGUCGAUCCAAAAAGAGAAGCACACCAAGAGGUAAAUCAUUUGGGCGAAGCGAUCAACUACAAGAUCCAUUCAAGUAUAGUUAUAGUGAUUUAAAGAAAGCAACAAAAAACUUCUGCAACGAUUACAAACUUGGAGAAGGAGGAUACGGAGAAGUGUAUAAGGGUAAUAUAAACCUUGGAAAUACAGUAGCUGUGAAAAAGCUACUGGUUAGUAGUGCAAAGGAGGAUUUUGAGAGUGAAGUACGAGUUCUUACUAACGUCCAUCAUCGUAACCUUAUACGCCUUCUUGGGUGCUGUAAUGAGGGACCAGAGUUGCUUCUAGUCCUUGAGUACAUGGAAAACGGAAGCCUUGAAAAGUUCUUAUAUGGUGAAAGAAAGGGGAUUCUUAACUGGAAACAACGACGUGACAUAAUUCUUGGCAUAGCAAAGGGUCUUGCUUAUCUACAUGAACAGUACCAUGUGACGAUUAUCCAUAGGGACAUUAAUCCCCGCAACAUUUUGCUAGAUAACGAUUUUCAGCCGAAAAUUGCAGAUUUUGGGCUUGCAAGGCUUCUACCCGAAGAUCAGACUCAUAUAAGCACUAGGGUUGCCGGAACAUUUGGCUACACAGCACCCGAAUAUGCCAUUCAUGGACAGUUGUCUGAGAAAUCAGAUACCUACAGUUUUGGCAUCGUGGUACUUGAAAUUGUCAGUGGCAAGAGGUGUACUGAUGUGUUGGAUGUAUCCCAUCAAUACCUCCUUGAACAUGCUAGGAACAUGUAUGAGAAUCGAAUUCCCUUAAACCUUAUUGAUGAAGAACUUGACCAGAGCGAGUAUACCGAGCAAGAUGUGCAGAAAAUCAUAGAAAUAGCAUUGUUGUGCACUCGGUCAACCGUUUCGGAGCGUCCAACAAUGUCUGAAGUCUUGAUACUUCUGAAUGAUCGAUCAGGAGACCACAGACCACCAACUAGAUUGCCUUUCAAUGUUCUAAACUUUAAUGUUCAUAUUGAUGAUCCCUCAUAUGUUGCUUCUAGCAUAACCAACGCUGUUGCCUCCAUGACAGAAUUGACAGCUCGUUAA